AGUGGUCCAAUCAGGGGGUAUUUCAUUCAUUAAUUUUUAUCAGUUUGGUUCUAACAGUAAUUGUUCCUCAGUGAGGUGGGUCGCCUUAAAUACGCAACAUUUCUAGUUAGUCUUCAUAUUAACGAUUAAAAGGCCAGUUAAAGUGUCGAGUGCCAAAGAAAACGUGGCACAGAAGUAGUUCUAUCGUUUUAUUUCAAUUGAUCUAAAUUUGUAAUAUUCGAAUUUUUAAAAAAAAAACAACAAUUUACUCGGUUUUUGAGAAUGGGAUGCGAACAGUCAAAAUCUGUCAAAGUUCAACCAGUGAUUGUUCAGUGCGGACAACAUGAAAACCCUGGUUUGGAUAUCGGAGUUGAAGACGGAACCCAAACGCAAUGUGAAGAUAGUGCUAUUUCUAUAAAAGGGGAAUUUUAUUUCGACGCUCGGGGCAAAAAGAUUUAUGGAAGCAGGAGGACGAGCCAUCGACAGAAACAAUCCGCUAAAAGUCGUAAAACCUUGGGCUCGUGUGAAAGUUUGAACGAUGAUCGAUCUAUGGACGAAGGUGACCGGGGAUUUUCAGCUACCUCCAAGGUUUCUAAACAAAGUACAGAUUCUGGACUUGGGGAGGAGUAUUCUCAUGUAAUUACAGAAUUCUCUGAACAGCAUCUAAUCGAGGAGGUUGAAAACACAUUUCAAGACAAAGGCGAUUUACAACUGGCGGUAUCUGGUACAGCAUGUCCAACCAGACUAAGUGCCAAAGAGAAAUUACGACAGGAAGAGUCAAAGAUCAUGCAAGCUCUGAGAGAAGAAGGUCUGAUCACUCGACCAAAAACAAAGUCCUCUGGUGGAGUUAGUUUUGAAAUCAUUCAAGAUAACAAUACGCUUGAGACUGCCCCAGCACGACCCCCAGCAAGAUUAGCUAAAUUAGAGAAACGACGUAAGAAGAAGAAGGUUUUAACAGAAGAACAAAUUAAAGAAAAACUUGAACGAGCGGAAAAACGACGAAAGAAAAAAGAGGAAGAAAUGGUCGCUAGAAUUAAAGAAUUAGAAAAACACGAAACCGUCAGUGCUUUAGAAAACUUUGCACAGCGACAAAAGAAGAAAGAGGAAAUAAACAGCCAGAAGAUGGUGAACGUCGUUGACAACCGCGAAAAGAAACUGAAAGAAAUUCGCGAAAGAAUGAAAGAACGAGAACGUCACGCGGAAGAGGUGAGAAAACGAAAACUUGUGAAUGUUGACUCCAUCACGGAUGAAACGGGAGAAGUGGCAGCCGAAGCAUCUUAAAUUUGUAUUUAUAGUAAAAAUAUCAACGAUUUAAAAGUUGUUAUAACCAGAGACAAGAUAUUAUUGUAUCAGAUUAUUUAAUAGACAAUGUAGGAGAACUGUACAAUAAAAUAUAAACAGGACAAACCAUAUAGGAAUACAGCUCAUGCAGAACAAUGAUAUUGACAUGGUCUGUGUGUUUAUAAGUCAGAGGUGGACACGUUUGUUUGCACGUGCAUUCAUCCUUAAACAGAUUUCAUUGGGAUAUAAAUACCAUCAAAUCAACAUGGAAGGGGA